AUGGUAAGUGAAGUGGUUAGAUUCCUGCUGGUCGGUGCUUGUGUGCUGGCGUUUGUCGCCGUUACGAUCGACGGUUUCCCAACCGCUGUUCCAAACACCCGACGAAAUGUGGACCGGUUGGCACACCUCGGACCGGAUGAUCUUGCUGAGGAGCUAAGCGGCCAGUUCGAGGGUGAUAUGGUGCUGGACGAGGAGCAGCAGGAUGCGCUGCGUAACAAGCGCAACGGAUUGAUCACUCCAACGCGCCACUGGCCGAACAAGAUCGUGUACUACUACAUCGAGGAGUCGCAUUUCACCACGGAACAGGUGGAACACAUCGAGCUCGGUGUACGGUUGUUGCAGAGCCAAUCGUGCCUACAGUUUAAGCGCGUCCCGAUUGAUGCUCCGCAGUACAUUCGCGUUAUCGGAUCCGGUUCCGGGUGUUCGUCGUCCGUCGGUUACACCGGCCGGCAGCAGAACCUUAACUUGCAGCCGUACCCGGUCGGGCAGGGUUGCUUCCGCAUUGGCACGGUGGUGCACGAGUUCCUGCAUGCGCUCGGAUUCUACCAUCAGCAGAGUGCCAGCGAUCGGGAUGAUUUCGUCGACAUCGUCUGGGAGAACAUCGAGCAGGGUACGGAGAAUAACUUCAACAAGUACAACAGCGACGUGGUGACGGAUUUCAACGUCAAGUACGACUACGGCAGCGUGAUGCAUUACGGUGCGACAGCGUUCUCCGUCAACGGUCAGCGCACGAUCAUCCCGAAGGAUCCGAAUGCCUCGAUCGGUCAGCGGCUUUCCAUGAGCGAGCGAGACAUUUCCAAGCUCAACUGGAUGUACGGUUGCUUUGGCAAGAAUUAA